AUAAACAUACUCGAGCCCAGUUGAAUCGUUGUUGAAUCGAAAGGCUUCUCCGUUACAAUUGCAUUUAUGUGAAAUUUCUCUAGGUUUUACUGUUGGUGCGCAAAUAAAGUGAGUGUAUUACAGUUUACGAAGUUUCGGUUGUUGUUACUGUAAUAUUUACCAUGGCCGAAAAAAUCUUCUACUCUAAGAAAUACUACGAUGACAGUUAUGAAUACAGGCAUGUAAUCUUGCCGAAGGAACUAGUGAAGAAAGUUCCCAGAACGCAUCUGAUGUCACAAGAGGAAUGGCGAGCUAUUGGAGUUCAAAUGAGCGAUGGAUGGAUCCAUUACAUGCAUCACACUCCAGAGCCUCAUAUACUGCUGUUCAAACGACCACUACCGAACUCUGAGAAGAAACUAGUCAACGGCUUGAAUGAAAUGAAAGUUAUUGAAAACAAUUGCUGAGCUUGAAUCAUAUGAGUUCGUUUUCAUUCCUUUUUGAUUCAACCUUUUUUUCUUACUUUUAUUACUGUGAAUAAUUUUCUUGUGUAGAAUUAUCUUUUGAAUAAUUGUAAAAUAAGUCUUUUACGUCAAGUGCUUCAUGAAUAGUCGUACUUACUCAGUCAUUUGUACCUGCUCUUUGAACAAAUAACGUCUUCACAGAGGAAAAGAAUGACUGCGUCUAAUACGAUUAAAAUCUCCUAUUUUUCUGUCUCUCUAUUAAUGAAUCUUAUGUUGAUUCACAUUUACUCAGAGUGUGAGAUCAUUCCCGCUGUAGUAAUGAAGAUCAGAGUUCAUAUCAAUCAUUUUAACUUACAAACAGGAUCCUUCGGUAUUUAAUAAAAUUUAGACAAGUAAGUCUUAAAUUAACCAAAAGGUAGAGGAUUAGCUGCAAGAAAGCAUUAAUGAAUAACACAGACUCUGUACCUCUUGUCACAUUCUGUUGAAAUUGAGGAGGCAAAAAAAUAUAAUUUUGUCAGCAAUUCAAAAAGAACAACACACACACACACCCAGGCUUGCAAUAAAAAAGUAAUAUUGGGGAGGGUCCUGGAGAAGGGCCCAUGCUAGUUUCUCUGAGCAGCUGCUGUCCAAACAAGUGGCAGUGUAGCCGAGACCAUUGCCACCUGCUUGUCCAGAUAAGGUGGAUCAAAGAGACAAACUUGCCUAUGUUGCCCUCUUCUGGAUUCUCACUCAUUAAAUUAUUAAAUUAAAAAUUAACAAUAUUCUCCAUAGUUUAUUGAUUUUGCUGCUUUAUAAAUUCAUUUGCUGCGCCUAUUAUCUUCUGAUGGAUCUAAAAAUUGCUUAGACACAGUUUUUGUUUAUGUUCUGAUUCUGCUAAAUAAAAUCCAUAAGAAUCAGCAUAAAAGAUCAGAGCAUAAGAAACAAGCUGCAUCAUACGUUGUAGGGAUAGUCGCAUUGCUCUGUUUUCAUACUUCAGACAAUUUUUCUUCUUUGAUGAGAUUUUUCUUUUUUUUUUGGUAACUUAGAAUAAAUGGAUUUGUAUGUUCUUGAUGAAAAAUACUCAAUCUGUGUUUUCAUCACAGAAACUGGAAAUUUUCAACCUCCUGGUUAUCUUUUUUGUUUUUUUUUUUCUUCCAACGAAUAUUCGUACUUAGUUUAAAUUCAAAGAAAAGAAGGAAAAAAGAAAAAAGAAACAAAACACCAACGUAACAAUUUAAAGGUUUCAGAGGAAGUUCUAAACUGUGCUGAUAAACGUUGUAAAUAUUUGAUCUAAAGUCUUUAUUUUUUUGUUGUUCUCAUUUUGUAUGUAUAUUUAUUUACUCUUCUUCAUUGCUUUCCUUUGGUCUCCUGUGAAUUGUAUCCAUGGAGGUUUAAUAAACUGUCUUAUUUUAGAUCUUU